AUGGACGACUAUCUUUUCGAGAGCCACGUCCUGAGCUGCAACACGGUUGAGGAGCCGAUGAGCUUUCUGGAGAUCUUCAACUAUUCAAAUGGCGAGACGUAUUUUGACAAGGGCGCACUGCCCUCAAGCGAAUUCGACAACUUUCUUAACCAGCAGGGGGUGUUUUUGCCGGAAAAAAAGGCGGCAGAUGUGAAGAUUCUCAGCGGCAUGAGGCUCAUCCUCCAACUCAAGGCACAGCAGGCCGACACGUUCACGUCCAAGUUUAUCUCGUUUACGCACGGCGAAUACAUCAAGAUGGUGCGCAAGCUGCAUCUGCCGUUCCGGGCGAUCGAGGGCAGCAGCGUGGUGGGCCCGUUCUUCUGGAGCUCGCUGGACCUGGACGACGCCAACCCGCACCUGCAUGUGGUGUUUCGCAAGUCGGACGUGCGCAAGAAGGGUCUGACGCGUGGGUGGGAGCUGAUGUUGAGUCACGAGUUCCGGUCGGGCAUCACGACGGGCUAUGCUAAAGGCACGGAGUCGAGCAGGCUGGACGUGAUCAUCGACACGCACCUGCGGGCGUGCGCCGGGCUGGUGGGCCAUCCGCUGCUUCUGCCGUCUAUCAUCCUGGGGAACGAGCUGGACAGCAGCAUGGACGAGCGGCAGCGCAACACGCGCCACCAGCUGCGCAAGCUGGAGCACGCUAUCACGUUCCGCAACGAGAUCGACCCCAACGAGCGGUUCAAGGACAUCGACCUUGACCAGAUGAACCAGUCACUGGUUGAGUGCCACGGCCAGGUGCUGUGGAAGCGCCCGCAGGCCUACCUCGACAUGCUCACCCAGGUGGGCGUGGCCCUGAACCGUUUCCGGGACGCGCGCGAGAAACUGCUGCGGGACGGCUGUCUGCCAGAACACCUUGCCGAUCCGGCCGUCCGGGACUCUCUGCACAAGCUGCACCGCAGCAUGCAGGGCCGCUUUGAAUUCUUCAACCAGAAGCUCAAGGGCGUGCAGCACUACGCUUACACGACCGUCUCGCGGCUGGAGGUGCAGCUAGGCGCGCUCUACAACAUUAUCGCACAGAAAGAGUCCAAGCUCAACCUCGAGAUGGCGCACCACCAAGGAGUGCUGGCGUUGGCGGCCAAGCGGGACAGCCAGAGCAUGAAGGCGCUGUCGGUCGUCGGCGCCAUCUUCCUGCCGGCCACAUACCUGGCCUCGCUCUUCUCCAUGACGUUUUUCAACUUUCAGAACGGCGCGUCUGUGUCGCCUACGCUGUGGAUCUACUUUGCCAUCACCAUCCCCCUGACGCUGAUCGUGCUCGGCAUCUGGUUCUGGUGGGACAGGACCCGGGAAAAGAAGUUCGCCGACGAAGAAGAGGCGCUCGGGAAGGCGGUGCCGCACAUGGAGAACAGCUUCGUGUUGUCGCUGGUGGAAAAGCGCACCGGUCUGACCGGCAUCAACAGCGUCAACAGCAUAGACACCAAACGAUGGGACACUUGUUAA